AUGAAAGAUUUGAAGGGGCAGCUGCUUGUGGAAGCCGUGUUCUCCAAGUGGGGUUCCGGCACUAGCACUGUGCCGUGGCUCAAUGAAGCAGGCGAGCGCAACAUCCGUCCGGACGAGGUGAAUCGCCCGAUCAUGGAGUCUCUGUGCGAGGCUUACGUGGAUCGCAUUCUUGAGUCUGGCCUCAACGUCGAUUGUUCCGGACAUGGUGGGUCGUGGGUCAUGGUGGGACGGGCCUGGAUGGUAUAUGGUCCGAGCCAAUUUCCUGUGACUGCGAUCACCUAUGGUCACAGGUCCGAGGCAAUGUAUCGCGCCUUACAGCGCGAACCGGACAACCCCUAUGUCAAGAAGGCACUCACAACAGGACUGGAGUCCGUUCGGAUGCUCAGCAACAACGUGCCAAUCGAAGUCAAGGCCGCACUGUGCCAGAUGCACAACACAUACCACGAAGGGGCUGGUGAGACCUGGCUCGCGUUGUUGGACCGUGCGGAGGAUCUCAUGAACGAGUGGGACCUGCGGAACAACGGACCCCACGGCACCGGCCUCACCACGAGGAACACCCAAUAUGAUUCGUUCUUGGAGAAAUUCAUCUUCAAGGAAAAGAAUGCGCAGGGAUGGGGGGAUUCCCUGAACUUCUUCAAGUCCACCACGAUCUUGAACAACUAUUUGAACAAAUUCUUCAUCAAGCACGACGUCCGUGAUUGGUGCAAUGCACACAUGAGCUUCGGUGACCACAGUCUGAGCAACAGGGAUCUCAUCUUCAUGCUGCACCAGAUGGCCGUGACUAUAGUGUCGUCAAUGACGAAGUACUACACCAAGGAGUUCAUCGGCGUGCCGACCCGUCAUACGGGGGGUGCGCAACGCCUGCUCCCUCACGUCUUCACGAAGCCUGGCGCAGACACCGGCGCGAUCAUGAACUAUGUGACGACUCCCAUGGCAACGAGCGCCGUUUUCAGACGGCUUGAAGCUGAACAAGAUGCGGCGGCCAAGGCGGCCAAGGAAGAAGGAAUUUCAGAGCAACCUGCCGCCGACAGUGCCAAGGGCAGUGCAAAGAAGAAAGCCAAAUCGAAGGCCAAGGCCAAAGGCAAGGGUAAAGCAGAUGCAUCGACGGAUGCCAAUGCCAAUGCAGGCAGUGCAGGCACGGUCCCGGGCCCGGGAGAGUGGAGCCCGCUUGCAAUCCCUGCAGAGGGCUCCGAAGGCCACGCGGACAUGAGCAGGCCAAAGACAGUGAUGGACGACUUCAUGACCAUCAUGUUGGAGUCCUUCGCAAGGGCAGAAAAGAAGUUGUCCCCUGGAGGUAUGCACAACAUGUCAGAGAGGUUUGUCCAGAUCUGGACCGAAGCCAAGAUGAAUGUUUUCCGUUACGCCGUCUCCUACUUCCUCGAGUUCACAUGGACGGCAGUGGUUGCUAUCAAUGGAAAGUUCACCAGAGCUUACACAAGGUUCAGAUCAGAGCUGGAAACCUUUGUCAACACGUCGUGCGAACUGGCUGUGACAGGUGUUACAUCGGCUUCCAGCGGUGCAGCACCCUCUGCCACCUCUCACUUGCAGCUGGGUGCGAACUUCUCCGACUUGUUGGACGCAGGGUGGGCCACCGGCGGCAAUGUCAAGGACGAGUCUGACGAGAUGAAGACGCUAGAACGGAUCAAGAACAGCAUUGCCGCGGUGAAAGCUUCGGGUAUGGUGACCUUCAUCCAGGAUGUGCUGCCACUUCCCCUCUCCUACCAUGCGGGAUUUGCGAAAGGCAGGCAGACCCUAGCCACGGACCCGAGCGUCAAUGUUGAUUGCUCGUUGCAGACGAUAAUCCAGAAGAUCUUCGACGUCUUGCAGACCGUCCUGCCGCCAAGGUGGUUGUCGUUUGCCGCUGAUGUUUGCGACAUGUAUGCAGAGCGUCUCGAUUUUGUCGCCGCCAGUUCGGAGGUAUUCUGCGGCCAGAAGCAGGUGCUGGAGAGGUUCACAUCGAUGCGAUCGUUAUACACGCUUGCGCUGCUCCGUGACUUGAGCAGGAUGCACAAAGUCAAGUUCGAGACUGACGUCAGCCUCCUGAUUUCCGCCCUGCAUGUGGACAUGCAGAAUGCAGUGGAGUGGGUUGCAUCCAAGCGCAAGGAACCUGCGGCAGCAUCGGCAUCGCCGUUUGAGUCGUCUGAGUCGCCGCAGCGCUCAGAGUUACAGGGGUCACAGGAAGAAGAUGCUAAGAAGAAGCCUCACCCAGUGGCUAUGCUGAUCCCGGGUUUCGAUGUGCUCCAGAGCGGCUCGUCGAUGGGUAACAUAAGUUAA